UCCUCCACACUUCCAUAUCCAGAUCUCAUUAAAUUCCUUACCUUUCUUCCUCAUCAAGACGCAACCUAGCUAGCUUCCAUGGCAGAUCACAAGCCAAGCCAAAUCACUCCAGCUUCUCCUCUUUCAAAAACCUUCACGUUCGACAUAGAAUCGCGCCAAGAAAAAUCUAAUCACCACCAACAUGAGAUCGAGGUUGUUGACUACACCCAAAGGGCUCAAUGGCUUCGAGCCGCUGUCCUUGGAGCCAACGACGGCUUGCUAUCGACGGCAUCACUCAUGAUGGGUGUCGGAGCCGUUAGAAAGGAUGUCAAGACGAUGAUCCUCAUCGGAAUCGCUGGCUUGGUAGCCGGAGCUUGUAGCAUGGCGAUAGGAGAGUUUGUGUCCGUGUACUCGCAGUAUGACAUCGAGGUAGCUCAGUUGAAGAGAGAAGGCAAAGAGGUAAAGAAAGCCGAGUUGCCGAACCCGUUUUAUGCGGCCAUAGCCUCUGCGGUGGCCUUCGCUGUCGGUGCGGUGGUGCCGCUGCUCGGGGCGGCCUUCGUGAAAGAUUACAAGGUGAGGUUAGGUGUGGUGGUGGCCGUCGUGAGCCUUGCGUUAUUGGUGUUCGGAAUUCUGAGUGCAGUUUUGGGGAACGCUCCGAUGGUAAAGUCGUCAUUAAGGGUUUUGUUUGGAGGUUGGGUGGCGAUGGGAAUCACUUUUGGUUUAACAAAGUCUGUGGAUUCCAUUGGACUUUAAUUUGAUCAUCAUAUAUAUCUUAGUUAUAAUUAUUUUAAUUUAAAAAGAUUUUAAUUUUGUUGUUAAAAAAAAAAGUAACUAUAUAUGUAUCUCUAUAUUUUGAUGUAAUUUUAGGAAGGAGGCUUCACUCAAGUACGUAAAGUGAUCAGAUUAAAAUUGUAUUUUAAUUUUCAAUAUUCCUUCUCUUGCUGCUAUUUUAGGGUUUCACAGAUUCUGUAAUUUCGUGAUAUGCUUGAUCUUUUAUUUUCAUCUGUAAAAGCAAUAUUCUUGUACGAAAUAUUACAGAUGAAAUUAUUUAA